AUGUCAAAUGAUAAUCAUAUUGAGAGACAUAAAAGAAUACUAAACAUUAUUUCUCAUUUGGGUUUAAACAAGUAAAAUGCAUCAUUCCAGUCUUCGAAAAGAUAAGGUUAUCUUAAUCUAGAAUCAUAUUUUAUAAACUACAAUAAUGUCAAGAAAGAGGAACAAGACAAAUUAAUUGUUAAAGCUAAAGAGUUAUUAUCUAAACCUGUUAAGAGAGAGCACAUCAGAUCAGAAUCCAAAUUAGUGCAAAAGAUUCCAGAAAAUAUGAUAUGCUCAAAUAAGAUGCUGACGAAAGCAGUGUUUAUCAUCAUAUUUAGCUCAGUUUAGUGAAAUUAUAAGAACAAUAAAUACUAGGUCAAUUUCAUGAAGUUAAGAACAACUUAAGAAUGUCUAAAACCUGUUAUCCUUAACCUAUUACAUUUCCAUAACAAAAGAUUUAGAUAUAAAACAUGUUCGAAAAAAAUGUAGUCAGCAUAACAUUGAAUCACCUAAGGACAACACAAUAGGAUAAUGAUUUCUUAUACAAAACAAGAGAAUCCUUUAAAGAUUUCUAAUCUGAUAUUUCGCAUUAUUAAAAUCUCAAAUAGCAUCAUCGAUUAUAUAAGUAAUGA